AUGGCUGAUAUAUGUGACCAGGCGACCGCUGGCAGCGCCUUCUUCACGCGUCUACCACCAGAGGUGCGCGUCUCCAUCCUCACCGCCGCCUUCGGGGGGAGGACGGUGCACAUCCAGCGGUGCCCGCCCGCAGUUGUGCCGUCACAGAACAGAUCGGGCAGAGCCGUGGGCAAAGCGAGGCAGUGGCUUGGAGGGGUCUUUUCGAAGAAGACCAAGGAGAAGACCAAGGAGAAGAGGGAAGAGGCACAACCAGCUGCACGUGAGAAGCAGUGGUGGGGUUGCGUCUGCUACCGCCCUCCCGAAGAUUCAGCCGAAGACUCGCCAGCCUCAGAGACUUGUCUGGCUGACCUUACACGGAGCCAGUAUGGGGGUCGGUGGUCGUGGGUAAGUCCGCUCGAGGUGCCACCCGAGCUCGCCGUCGGGGCCAUUGGCUGGCUUCUAACCUGCCAGAAGGCGUACAAUGAGGGCAUAAAGGUCCUCUACGCCAGCAACACUUUCCACCUCCGCACUGUCAAACUGUGCGCGUUUGGAGGGCUUUUACAACAAAUCCCUGCGGUUGGCCUGCCCUACAUCACCUCCGUGGAGUUCGUCCUGAAUCGGCGACUCCUAAGCCCGGGGGACUUCGCCGCCUUGCCAAAAGCGGAAGCCUCUGAGGCGGACAUUUUGGAGAGCACGCUGUCCAACAUCCCCCGCCUGAUGCCGAGCCUGCAGAAGCUGUACCCUGGCUUUUGUGCUGAUACGAUGUGUGUCGAGGACUGCGAAAGUGGUCAUCAUCUUGAUGCUGUAUGCUUGAAGUGCCUUGGGAGUCAGAUACAGGCUAUGGCCUACGAGUUGGGCCAGAUGGGAAGGUGCUGCGAUCUUGAGCUGGGCCUAACCUCAACGGUGUUCGAACGUUAUCGCCACGAGGCUCUAUUGCAGAAUUUUAGGAUGGGGCAUCCGAAUUGGAAGCCGGGCAUGUCAAGCCCAAAUUACCAACUGCGUCACAUUCGUUCCGGAGUCGUCGCCAACGCAGCCGUGCGUGCAAAGGUCACUCGCUCCGACAGCCAUCUUGUUGCCGAGGUAAUUCGCCCGCACCAGACCAUCUCUUCGAAGCUCGCCUUCCACUUGCAGCCCUCCUCGGUGGGCUUGUGCGGGUACGUGAACUUCCACAAGCUCGCGACGCCGACCGUACAUCUUCCCCGGCCACAGCGUCUCCAGGCCAUGGCGGCAAAAGCCGGCGCUGAAGGACUUGUUGCUUCUCCAGUAGCCCUGGCAUCGCCCCUUGCAGCCACAGCGGGCUUCUGGAUGACCGGGCACGGGCGGAUCAGCGUGGCCGCGAGCCUGCCGACUGGCUGCAUCGGCACCCGGGUCGUCGGCGUCGACUUGUUGCUUGCGGAUUUCAUGGCGCUUAACUCGAAGCUGGGCGCCUCGAUGAGCAAGUUUCUGUGGACAGCAGGGCUACACUGCCUGGCAGGCAGCAGCAACAGCGGUCGCUCGAGCGGUGGUGGGCUCUUCGCCUGCGCCGCGAAGGAUGCCACCGGUCAAACCAACCCAGUGGCAGCGACGGCAACAUUGGCUUCCCAAACGAGACUUACGUUGGAACGGAACAAGUUGGGAGCGUUGGGGCCAAGAUCACGGCACAGCGCCGAGUACUACUGUUUCGUGCGGCACAUGCUCCGGGAUUACGAGAACUACUAG